CUCCAGGAAGAAACAGUCAAUCAUUUGCAGAUCGCCAUGUUAGAUUUGGUUUUCUGUUUUUUAUUUUACGAAUUGUGCAUAGUAACGUGAUAAAUAUUCUUUAAAAAUAUGGGUAGAUCAAGAAGUAGGUCUCCUACACGGACAAGACAUCGCGUAAAGCACAAGAAACGUAGAUCACGCACAAGAUCUCGUUCGAAUUCACGAACAAGACGCUCAACUACGUCGAACAGUCGAGUACGUUCCAGAUCUCGAGAUCGUAAACGGUCCACCAGGAAAAGAUCGUAUUCAUCAAGCAGUUCUAGCAGUGAUGAGGAUUUAAUAAUCAGGGCAAAAAGAAGAGAAGAAGAAGAAAAGAAAGCAGAGUUAGAGAGGCAGAGACUUCAGAAACAAAAAGAAUUAGAAGAGAAGCUUAUUGAGGAGGAAGUUGCACGAAGGGUGGAAGAAUUGGUAGCAAAGCGAGUAGAAGAAGAACUUGAGAAACGAAAAGAUGAGAUCGAAGCUGAAGUCUUGCGUCGCGUCGAAGAGGCCAAACGCAUAAUGGAGAAGCAGAUGUUACAGGAACUAGAAAAACAACGCGAGGCGGAACUGGAGGCGCAGAAACUGAAGGAGGAGGAAGAACGGAUAAAACAUGAGGCACUCCAAAAAAUAAUGGAGGAAAACAAUAGAAAAAUUGAGGAAGCUCAAAGAAAAUUAGCUGAAGAACAAUUAAAAUUAGUCGAAGAACAGCGAAAAAUAUUAGAGGCAAAGCAGCGAUUAGAGGAUGACGAGAGAAAGCGUGUAAAGAAAGAACAAGAAAUCAUCCUCAACAAAAAAAAUGCAAGACCGAAGCUAUCAUUUGCUUUAGGAAAAUAGUGCUGCUCUAUUCUUUAAGGAUCUUCGAAAUUGACAGUCGUCAUGAUUUUUGCGUGAAUUUUUGAGAAUGGGGUAGAGUGGAGUGAGGGUGUACUUGCUGAAAGAGUUAUGGUUUGUAUGUUAGUUUGUGAGCACAGAACGAAAUUCAACUCGAUAAUAACAUCUAAGAGGCCAUCUAUAGGGUUGUACUAUACAGAACGAAAUUCAACUCGUUUAUAACAUCUAAGAGGUCAUCUAUAUGGUUGUACUGUUUUAUAAGCAUUGAUAAAAAUGUUGUUAAAUUUCUUUUUGAUCUAAUCUGAUUUUAGAAUUAUAUUUUAUAAGGUUUGAUUAAAAAAUUUAUUUAAAAUUUCUUUUUGGUCCGUUAGGGCCAGAGUUAAAGUGCGAUUUUAGAAUUAAACUUCAUUUUAAAAUAAAGUUAAUAGACAUUUGACGUAAUUGAAAAAGGCAGCCGUUAACAUUGAUCGGAACAAGGCAGCUGAAAUGCUGUGUAACUAGAAUUGAGUAACUGAAGCUAGGUUCAUGAUGUCAGGUAAUUAACCACGGACCCGAUAUUAGCUGACUGAAGAUGGGCAAGUAAUCUGUGCUGCUGAAAAUUAGCAACUGAUACCGAUAAUGAUCUUAAAUGGCAGUGACUAGAGCAAUCAUUAACAUGACAAAAUCACCGAUAUUUAUCUUAAAUGGUAGUGACUAGAGCAAUCAUUAACAUGACAAAAUCUAUUAUGAAGGUAGAAAUAGAUCUAAAAUCCAAAGUUAUACAUGAUAAUAUUAAUGUGAAAAAAAACUAUUUUUACCGCUGGUCAAUAUAUUUGACCCCCAUUUCAGAAAGGUUAAUGGAAGAAAUUCCAAUAGUGUGAAUAAAUUUACUGAGACUACCAGAGGACGUAAUGUUAGAGAGGAGUGGCUUAGUUGCACAAUAUUGGUUUAGUAUUGUGGUAACAUUUCAAAGGAGUACUUCCAGAUUUGUCAUAAUAUUAAAUUUCUAUCUUCAAAUUCCUGUAGCUUCAAUAAAUGUGACAAGUCAUUUGGUAGAUGAUUGAUCAUAUGGGUGAUAAAGUUGCCUCCAUCGCUAUUAUUAAAUAAAGAAGAAAGAAUUCAGCUAAAUCUCAACCCUUAUUAGAUUUGCUAUACAUAAUACAUGUAUAAAUAAGAUGGUCAUUUGGACGGAUGGCAAGUUGCAUCCAUAAACUAGGAGUUGAGUUUUCUGGUUAAAUGUAAACUAAUGAUGAUAUUUUCCUCAAACAUCGGCUUGUAGCUUCACUAUACAUUCAGGGCGUAUAAUAAUUGAAUAAUAAGUGGCAGUGUGUAUGUGUAUGAUGUGCAGAAUGGAAGUGCUUAUAUGUGUAUGUAUUCUAACCGUUGUUCAAUUCUUGAGCAUAAAAUUGUCCUGCUUUGUGUAUGUAACGAAACAUCAGCUGUACAGAUUAAUCCAUUAUUGUACAUACGUGUUCAUACAUGUUAUGAAUCAAUUCAAUAUUGGGCAGCAGGUUUUUAAGGGAGAUAGGGUGGUUUGGGGUGGGGUGUGUGGUGAAAUGGACACAUUGAAUGCUGACCCACAAAUUCCGAUUCUACAGACAUUAUGGUAAAACAGUGGACUGCAAACAUCUUACUUAAAUUGAGAGAAGGGUCAUCGUUUUGUGGUUUUAUUUUCUUUUUAUUGCUUUAAUGCUGGGGUGGGGGUUUUUAAGUUAAAAUAUAAAGACAAGUUUUGGGGUUGGGGUGGGAAAUCUUAGGCUAGAUAGAGGGAGUGUUGUCCAGUGGGAGGGUGGGACUUGUUGUGACAAAUGGAAACCAUUAGUUUUACGCAUAUUUGGUUCAGCUUUUUGCUGACAUGUCAUGUUUGAAUAAACAUCCGUGUGCAAA